GUCUGCGUUGUGGCGUAUAUUUAGAACCACCACUAGAGGGUGAAACUUUAGAUGUGGUUUUGGGAUGGAAACUGAACUAAAUAUAUUGAAACAAUUUAAUCGAGAACUCAAAUGCACUAACAAAAUUGUGAUAAAGCUUCUUAUUACCAGAAGAACAUUUAUAGAGUUCAAUACAUAAAACGACUACAAAACGACGAGUUUCACGGUCGAGGAGUUCAGAAGUCAAGGGCAGUCUAUUUUCUACGUCCAGCGAAGUGCAUCUUCAGGUUCCUUAAACUGGAUUCUUUUCCGCGAUUCCGCGAAGUGUGUCCGUUAUAACAGCCUUCAUUUUGGAGUUGCGAUCUCUUAAUAGACUUGUUUUCUUUAGUACAGAACACAGUUGACAAAGUGCACGAGGAUUCCAAACAAUGUCUGUGAGAGUGACUGCUGCAUUGUUGCUCUUUGUAGCGAUCUGUUACGUAGAGUUCCCUCGUUCAAGUGCUUACAGCUGGAUACAGUAUCCUAAUCCAGAGAUAAAGAUUUCCUAUCCGAAUACAAAAUCGGUGACGAUGAGAUGGGAAUGGAAAUUAUCAAAGAAUAGCCAAAAGACUGAAUUUUUGUCUCAAAUUGAAAUCAAACGGUACGUGAAGGGAAAUAAAGACGCCACAGAGAAAACCAUUGCAACAUACUUUGCUAUCAAUGAUAACACAGAUGUUGACCAUUCUUUGUUUACUCUGAGUGUUCAAAAAGGAGCAGCGGGAGGCUCAAAUGGUUCUGCAGCUUUCACGAUCAAAGACGUUACCAAUCAAGGCCAAAAUAAAGAUGGUACGCAAGUUGACGUUUUGAAGGGAAUCUAUAUAUACAGCUGCAUUAUCUCUCUAGCUAAUAUAAUUACAAAUCCUGGUCCAAAAUCGACUACAUUAACUGUAUACAGAAGCCAACCAGUAACUACAGCGCCAGACAGCCAAAAUAACAGCACCAAUCCACCAGUAACUACAGCACCAGACGGCCAAAAUAACAGCACCAAUCCACCAGCAACAACAGUACCAGACAGUCAAAAUAACAGCACCAAUCCACAAGUAACUACAGCACCAGACAGCCAAAAUAACAGCACCAAUCCACCAGUAACUACAGCACUAGACGGUCAAAAUAACAGCACCAGUCCAAUUGUAAAUGCUAGUCCACCAAGUGCUUCAUGGACGCUUCGUUGUGGAAUACUGUUAUUAAUGACUAUUAUGUCUGUUUAAACACCUCAAUAUAUUGUAAGUCGGAGGCAGUAAAACUGCAUUGAUGCAUCGUGUUUAGUAGAAGCACAUUAAGUUUUGAUCCAUAAAAAGUUUUGUUUUUUAAAGAAGACAUUUUUCCAGUUUUGUUUAUAAGGUUAUACUGAUUAGUACCAUAUUAACUGGUCAUUGUACCUGGUGAUGGCUUUGCAAUACCGCGGAAAUAUUAAAAUAUAAGUCCUUGUCCUUCAUUUCUUAGUUCUUUUAAGAAAUAAUAAUAAAAAAAAUACUAGUAAAAAUACAAAAAAAAAAACAAAAAAAAAAAACUAUACACUGCUAUAAUUAGCACAUCAUGAUCACUUAAUCCAUGACGUCAAAUGGACCCGUUCUAAAUAAAGCAUUUUGGUAAGUUA